GCAGCCUUUGCUAGUCCUUUUAUAUAGAAUUAAGAAGAAAAAAAAAGCUGGUAAGGAAGGGGCGAGAGUACUGAAGUGUGAAGGAGAUGAGAAAAAUGAAGACAAGAAAUAGAAGCUGGUUGGUGCCAUUUCACCUUCUUCUUCAUUUAGCAGCUAUUUGUGUAUUGGGGGAAUGGUUAAUCUUUCAGUUUGGAGAGAGGGACAAUACGAAAACAGACAUUUCACCUUUAAAACUACUCUUUAAUUUAAUUGCCCUCCAAGCAAACCUCGCUUAUCCCUCCCUCACCCGCUUCUUCUUCCCUUCCAUCCCAUGCCUGCUUUGUUUUUCCACCCAUAAUGGGAAGCCACUGCAAUCCCAGCAAGCGCCAUUAUGACAUUACACUGUCCAAGAGAACCCGGAAGCCAUUGGAUCUCCAGGAAGCUAACGGUACAUCCAACAUUGCUUCCUCCAAAUGGGAUAAUCCUCUGAAAAUCUUCCCAAGAAAAGCAGCUGAUGAUGAUGAUGAUGAUGAAGAUGAAGGGGAAGAGAGUAGUGAUCAUAAAAGCUUGAAGCAACUCAUCAACGGUGAUGGAGGAGAAGCAAAGGAGGAGACCAGCUGCAGAUCAUCAGGCAGGAGCUCACUGGUUCAACAUUUCAACCAAGAAGAGAAACAGCUUCAGCUGGUGAAGAAAAACCAGCAGGAUGGGGUCCAUGGGGGGGCGAAGCUGAAAGGAAUGAUGAGUCGGUAUGCCAAAGUUUUGAGCCGUUUGGUGAAAGCCAAGCGUGAACCGCGCUUAGGGUCCAACAAGAAGCAUCUUCUCCGGUUAACAAUGUAGGGUUUUUCCUCAUACACGAGCUUAUGCCUCAGAGUAUACAAUAUUCCCAGAUCUCAAAUCAUACCUCAUAUAUAUAUAUAUAUAUAUAUAUAUAUAUAUAUAUAUAUAGUAUAAACCUUAUGAUAUGCUUGUGUUCCCACGUUCUGUAAUUGAAUUCUACAAUUAAUUAAUUAGUAGUAUGUGCUUAUCUCUCGACUGUUCCUUCAACAGUGCUUUUCUCUCACAAUGACCAAAGCACUGUUUAAGUAACAGUGACAUUGUCCAUUUAUCCUCCUUCAUGAGGUUUUGUGUUUCUUGGGAAUUUGAUCCAUAGCCAAUGGCCAUCAUCAGAUGAUAGAUGUCUAUUGUUUAUACUUUGAGAAA